AUGAAACUCACUACUUUCGUUGCUACGUUUGCGGCUGCCAACGCCAUAAGCUUCAAUGUGUAUGAUAACCUCUUCCACUCGUCCGUGCCAGACAGAAUUUUGAAGGUGGCCGAGGACUCGUACAUUGCUGCUUCUGAAGCUGAUAAGCUUAGACUCAGAAGAGAAGGAAAGCGGUUUAUUGAUGUUACUGACAGUUUGCCUGUUCAGGAGGCUGUGAACAAGGGGAUGGUUGCCCAGACUGGACGUGGCGGUGGUCUUUUUUCGUGGCUUGGAAAGAACUUUGAGUCGCUUAAGAGACCUAUCCCUAAGUACAACUACCCUACUGAAGCCACCCAAAAGUCCAUUGUGGAUCCGCUUUUGAAGAAGAUUGAUAUUGAGGACGUCAAGGCCCACUUGGCUAAGUUCUCGUCUUUCUACACUCGUUACUAUAAGUCAGACACUGGGUUAGAGAGUGCUAACUGGUUGCAUGAAACCAUUCAAGGUAUCAUUAAGGUGCUUCCAGAAGAUGCUGUGAGUAUCAGAAAGUUCAAGCACAACGGCUGGGACCAGUACUCUAUUGCGGUUUCUAUUAAGGGCCAGGUCGAAGAUAAGGUUGUGGUUGGAGCCCACCAGGAUUCCAUUAACCUUCUUUUCCCUACUUUGCUUAGAGCUCCAGGUGCCGAUGACGAUGGAUCUGGAACUGUGACUACUCUCGAAGCUCUUCGUUUGGUAAGUAAGGCAAUUGCCGCCGGUGAUUUCACUCCUUACAACACUUUGGAGUUCCACUACUAUUCUGCUGAAGAGGGAGGAUUGCUUGGCUCCAUUGACGUCUUUUCCCAGUACUCUGCUGAGAACGCCACCGUCGUGGGUAUGCUUCAGCAGGAUAUGACUGGUUACACUGCUGGUACGACUGAUGCUGGUGUCGAGCCACACUUUGGGUUGAUUUCAGACUACACAUCAGUUGACCUUAACGAUUUCAUCAAGUUGAUCGUGAAGGAAUACUGUGCCAUUCCUUUCCAUGAGACUGAAUGUGGCUACGCAUGCUCAGACCAUGCCUCCGCUUUGGAGAACGGCUAUCCAGCCAGUUUCUUGAUUGAAAGUGAGUUCAAGUACACCGCCAAGCAGAUCCAUCUGACUUUGGAUACCAUGGAUCGUUUGGACUUUGACCAUAUCAAAGAACACGUCAAGUUGACUGUUGGAUACGCAAUCGAGUUGGCCCUGGCCAAGAAGUUGUAA